GCAAGUAAACCGAAUUCCAUAUCGCGUACGGACGAGAAACAUAUAUACACUCAUAGACCCUCUUUGCAAUUCAAUCUUACGUCUUCAGAGCUAUUCUUCGUCUUCAAUAACCAUGGUGCUCGAGGCAACUAUUAUCUGCAUCGACAAUUCGGAGUGGAUGCGGAACGGCGAUUACUCGCCCAAUAGGUUUCAAGCUCAAUCUGAUGCCGUUAAUCUCAUCUGUGGUGCAAAAACCCAGUCUAAUCCGGAGAAUACAGUGGGGGUACUGACGAUGGCUGGUAAAGGGGUUCGUGUUUUAGUGACUCCUACCAGUGAUCUCGGAAAAAUCUUAGCUUGCACGCACGGGUUAGAAAUAGGUGGUGAAAUGAAUUUGGCAGCUGGAAUUCAGGUGGCCCAACUGGCUCUCAAGCAUCGCCAAAACAAAAAUCAGCAACAGAGGAUUAUUGUUUUUGCUGGAAGCCCUGUUAACUAUGACAAGAAGGUGUUGGAGAUGAUAGGGAGAAAGUUAAAAAAGAACAGUGUAUCUCUGGAUGUUGUUAAUUUUGGUGAAGAUGAUGAAGGGAAAACUGAGAAGCUUGAGGCACUGGUUGCUGCAGUCAACAACAACAAUAGCAGUCACAUUGUUCAUGUUCCUCCUGGUCCUAAUGCUCUUUCAGAUGUGCUAAUAAGUACUCCUAUCUUUACCGGUGAUGAGGAAGGAGGAAGUGGUUUUGCUGCAGCAGCUGCGGCAGCUUCAGCUGGUGGAUUAUCUGGCUUUGAAUUUGGUGUCGAUCCCAACUUGGAUCCUGAACUUGCCCUGGCACUUCGAGUUUCAAUGGAAGAAGAAAGAGCAAGACAAGAAGCAGCUGCAAAGAGGGCUGCUGAAGAAACUACAGAACCAGAGAAAGGAGAAAACCAGCCUGCUAUCCAAGAUGUUGGCAUGACAGAAAAUGUUGCUGCUGGAAGAUCUGAAUCUGAAAGCAAGGCUUCUGAUCUAAUGGAUGAUGAAAAUGCCUUGUUGGAGCAGGCACUAGCUAUGUCUAUGGAUGUUACUUCUAGCGAUACCACACGAGACAUUAACAUGCCAGAAGCAGCUUCAGAUGAAGAAUUGGCAAUUGCCCUUAAAUUGUCUUUGCAAGACGAUGAAAGUGACCAGUCAAAUCCUACUGAUAUGAGCAAGUUGUUGACCGAUCAGUCCUACAUGUCUUCUGUUCUUGCUUCCCUUCCAGGUGUUGAUCCUAAUGAUCCAGCAGUUAGAGAUUUGCUAGCUUCCAUGCAAAGCCAGUCUGAGCCCCAGGAGAAGAAGGAUGAGGAUAACGCAUCUAAAGAGGACAAAAACUGAUUGCGUCCAUCAUGGUUAUAUCAGGAUCAAGUAUAUUGCAGCAUGCUGAUCAUAUUAUAUUUGCUUCUGGGAAUGCAAACCAAUUCUGUGGUGUGUUGAACUCGGUUUCAGAAUGCUGAUGAAAAUUUAUUU